UUCUGGUCAUGAAAGACGACGAAGCUAUCCCGCGUUCCUCCCAGCGCAGACAUUCCACCGGGCCGUGAGGCACAGGAUGUAACGCUAAAUUCUUCGUUUUGGUCCAGCGUGGACUGGCUUCUUGGCAAGAUUCUUCUAGCGGGCUUCGGCCGGCGCUGUCCAAGAUUGUGUCAAGAUGUCAGUGAGACGUACUAAUUCCGUUGAGCUGGCUCUGAGCCUGCAACCGGGCUGCAGCAGCAGGACACACCAACCGAACAGAGGUGAGGGUUUGUCACCGCGUCAGUCGUCAGCUACGCGUUCCAUGUAUGCCCAGCAGGCAAGGUCGCGAUCUCCUCAGCGCUCUGUCCGGCAGCCUUCUCAGAGUCAACAGUAUUACUCUAGUCGGAUGCAAGUUGGAAGCACUGAGAAUGCAAGCCCCAUUGAAGUGAAUUACACGGUCGGAAGCGACCGCGGAAUAUACGACAACUACGCCGAUUCUAAUUACUACGAUCGCGACAGUCAAGGAGGUUGCAUUGAGCAGCAGUAUUACAGCACGGCGUACGAGAGACGCAAUUCGAACCGCGCGUACGACGCUGGCUACGACUCCCAUGGAACCCGCGAGAACUACGACCGCCGCGACACGAGCCAGCCGCGUCGACGAAGUCGCUCGACUGGUUCACGAAGGCUCGCUGAGGACAGGAAAGUCAUCGACAAUGCUGCGGCAAGCGGCAAAAAGUCCCGGUCGCGAUCAGCGAGCUUACGUGGUAACGCGGACAAACAGGAUGUGGUGGUACUCAUUACGGCAGGUGUUAAGCCUAAAAAAGACAGGAAAUUGUCAAAAUCAAGUUGCGGGGAAAACGAGACAUCGGAAGCAGUUUACGAAGACAGCGAAGACGAUACGAAGGCUCGAAGUGCGGGUAGUUCCCGAACAUCUAGAAACCACCGAGACGACAGCGAAAGUUCGGUGGCGCCGAAGAAGGUAGAGAAGCCGAAAGAUUCGAAACCACAGAAAGGAAAACAGAAAGGUAAACAGGCAAAAUCGAAACCUGCAGAUGAGGAUGACGAGGAGAUGGUGUGCAGUACAGUCACCAUAGUGACAAAGGCAGUGAAAUCGAAAUCCAAGUCAGAAGCUGCUCCCUCAAGCGACGAAUCCAUAGCAGCAAAGAAGUCCGAAGAGAGUAAUACAAAGAAGACUGUCAAGAAAUCACAGACAAAGGCUACACAAAGCGAGAAACCGAAGGCCACACAAAGCGAAAAACCGAAGGCCACACCAAGCGAGAAACCGAAGGCCACACAAAGCGAGAAACCGAAGGCUAAACAAAGCGAGAAACCGAAGGCAUCACCGCAGAAAGCCAAAUCUCCACGACCUUCACCUAGCAUCGAGAUGAGCUUUAGUGAAAGCGACGAUGGCACCGAAAUCUUCGUGGUCAAGAAGACGAGGAAGAAGUCGUCCGAUUCGAAACAACCUGCAAAGCCCAAGGUGGCGACAUCGCCGGGGUCGCCUAAAGCAAAGUCGCCGCCUGCUCAGUCGUCAAAGCCUGCACCGUCGUCGAAGGCACAACCGUCUUCAAAGUCGCCACCACCGCCACCAUCUCCUUCAAAGGCACCACCAUCUUCAGCAUCUACUCCCACGACACCCUCUGCCCCGCCUACACCGCAGCCUGACAGUGGAAUUUCCAUGAGUGCUCUGCAGUCACUGAUGCUAGCCAUGAAGCCACCCGAGCCGCCCGCGGCACCACCCUUUCCCCCUCCUAGCAAUCAGCCGAUGAUCGUUAUGGUUCUGCCUUCUCCCGGAAAGAAGACUUCCAUAAGACAAAAGCCUUCUAAGGCAGCAUCGAAUGCGUCAUCCAAGACAUCAUCUGAAGGUUAAAGAUGCGCCGGAGACCUCACUGUGUGUUUGGUUUGGAGAUGUUCGUAGUUCGAGAUAGUGGACUGAGAUCAUUACCCUCCUGCUACGUCUUUGAACUUGAAACGACCGAUGCAACUUGACAGCAAUAAACGUACUGGUGUGCUGGUA